UGUAGGACGUGGGAAUGGUUCCAUCAAUCCAUGGACAUUUGCCCAUCUCGUCAUCGUCAACCGUUGCGACAGCCAGCGAGGCCCAGCGCUCAACAUCGCCUCGGACUUCUCUGACUGCUCAGGAAUCUACGGCCUCGACACGGGCAAGGCAGGCGUGUAGAUAUCUUUGAAACAGAGAUGUCCACAACCAGGAAUCCGAUCGCAACGACGAAUGGCAAGACUAACGGCGCGACUCCCAAGAAGCGCGUUGCCAUCGUCGGCUCUGGUGUCGCGGGUCUCGCUGCUACAUGGGCACUCAAUGAGUAUUCACCACACGAGGCAAUAGUUUUUGAGUCUGGCGAUUAUGUCGGUGGCCAUACACAUACUGUGACUUUUAAACAGGGCGAGCAAGAGACGCCUGUGGAUUCUGGGUUCAUUGUCGCCAAUACUGCAACGUACCCAAACUUCCUUGCCUUUUUGAAGCAUCAAGGGAUUCAGAUCAAUGAGACUGAAAUGUCCUUUAGCGUAUCGCGCGAUGCUGGUGCGUUUGAGUGGUCGGGAGCAGGUGGGUUGGGUGCUUUACUUGCUCAAUCUUCAAACAUCCUCAAUGCAGACUUGUAUCGUAUGGUGUAUGACAUUCUACGCUUCAAUCAGUACUCGACGGAUAUUCUUGAUGCGAGGAAGGGAUCAGACGAUCAAGAGUUGACGAUUGGCGAGUGGUUGGCCAAAUACGGCUACUCGGAGAGCUUCAAGCACAAUUACUUGAUUCCCAUGACUGCAGCAAUCUGGUCGACAUCGCCAGACAAGGUCUCCCUCGAUUUCCCAGCAUUGACACUGAUUCGCUUCAUGUACAACCACCAUCUCUUGCAGCUUGUUGAUAGGCCGUCAUGGCUGACUCUCAAAGGUGGUGCGAUUGAGUACGUCAAAAGCAUCACAGAUAAAAUGCCCCUUGGCUCCGUCAGAAUCAAUACACCCGUCCGUGAGGUCUAUCGAGCAAACAGUAAAGUUUACGUCAAAUUCCACGACAAGGAAGAAGUCUUUGAUCACAUCAUUUUCGCCUGUCAUGCGGAUACAAUCUUGCAGAUUCUAGGUGAUCAAGCAACAGCCGAGGAGAAGCGUAUAUUGAGCAAUUUCACAUUCAACGACAAUACUGCCAUUUUGCAUUCCGAUCUACGACUCAUGCCCAUACGACGCGCUGCAUGGACAUCUUGGAACUACAUCACCAAGUCUGAAAAGUCAGACACCGGUGACGCGAGCAAAAUGAAUACAGACAGCGUGUGCUUGACGUACUGGAUGAACAAUUUACAGCAUAUUGAUGAAGAUACGUUUGGACAAGUUCUCGUGACGCUCAAUCCGCUCUUCAGACCCAAGGAAGAGUUGAUACAGGGUGAGUAUGCGUAUGCACACCCAGCAUUCACGCCACAAGCAGUCAAAGCACAAGAUGAACUCCCACGCAUACAAAACAGUGAUGCGUUAUGUACGAGUUUCGCAGGUGCCUGGACAAAGUAUGGAUUUCACGAAGAUGGCUUUUCGAGCGGUUUGGCCUGUGCUGUGGAGCAUCUCGGGGCAGAGAUUCCCUUUGAGUUUGUGGAUGCGACAUUUAUGCGCGGUGAGCAACGGGAUGUGAGCUGGAGCGAUUUGGCAGCGCGCGGUCUCUUUGGCGUGCUUGGUGUGGCAAGACGCGCGUAUCACUUGGUGCUGUAG